UAAAUUUUAACAAACCAAAUAUAAAAAAUUUAACACAUCAAUGGCAAUAUCGUUUAUUUCUAAGACGUCUUAAAAUUUUUUAUCAAAGAGGUUAUAAUUCAAUGAAAACUAAAUGCCUAAACCUUACAUAGAUCCUUGCAAAAAAUUUGCUUGCAGAAUACAAAAGUGCUUGCAAGAACAUAACUUCCAAGAAGACCGUUGCCAAUUAGAGAUCGAAGAACUACGGCAGUGUUGUGUUAAAUGGAAAAGUGAAUCAAUUUGUUGCUCGGGAAUCGACAUACCUCCAAAAAAAGAAGAAGCCCCGGAACAAUGAAAGAACGUACAGUAUUGAAAAAAAGGUCUUGGGCACAACGUAAUCCACGCGCAUUUUUUGCAAUAUUCGCUACAACAAGCUUAUUAAUUUUAUACUCACGACCAAUUUAUGAUAUAUUCAUCCGUGAAGAUUACGACACAUAUAAAAAACGUA